AUUCACUGUUUUCACACUUUCUUCUUCUUCUUCACGUCAAUGGCGGUUUCCGGUAACUCCUCCGGCGAACCUCUACCUGAAUUGAACACAACAUCAUCGGUUCUAGGCGUGAAGCUCGUGGUUCUAGUUGCAAUUAUCUUCAUUGCGAUCGUGGUAACGAUCUUGCUCAUCUUCUUCUUCUGCUUCAGAAGAAGCAGAACCUCCUCUUGCAGAAACCACAGAACCCUCGGGAAACAUAGCUCAGGAACAAUCCCUCUGGUUUCAAAGGAGAUCAACGUCGUCAAAUCCCUAGAUCUCGAACAACAACAGCAACAGCAACAGAUUCUCGAAGACGUUGUUGUUGUUGAUGAUGAUCUAAAGAAGAAGAAGAAGGAGGAGGAGGAAGGUGAAGGCACCAAGAAUAAAAAGAGUGAGGGAGAAGGGAGUGAUGACGUGUCAAUUUCCGGUGGGAGAAGGAGUGAGGCGUCGUCGAUGUCGGUGGAGGAUCCGAACAUCGGGUGGGGGAGGUGGUAUAGUCUGAAGGAGGUGGAGGUGGCGACACGUGGCUUCGCGGAGGAGAAUGUCAUUGGUGAAGGUGGCUAUGGGAUUGUAUACAGAGGAGUUCUGCAAGAUGGUUCUGUUGUUGCCGUCAAGAAUCUUCUCAACAACAAGGGUCAAGCGGAGAAGGAGUUUAAGGUGGAGGUUGAAGCCAUUGGAAAAGUAAGGCAUAAGAAUUUGGUUGGGCUGGUAGGAUAUUGUGCAGAAGGUCCUAAAAGGAUGCUUGUUUAUGAAUAUGUUAACAAUGGAAAUUUGGAGCAGUGGCUGCAUGGUGAUGUAGGACCAGUUAGCCCCUUGACAUGGGAUAUUCGGAUGAAGAUUGCCAUUGGCACUGCUAAAGGGCUAGCUUACUUGCAUGAAGGCUUAGAACCCAAAGUUGUGCACCGAGAUAUAAAAUCCAGUAACAUUCUUUUGGACAAAAACUGGAAUGCCAAAGUAUCCGAUUUUGGACUUGCCAAGCUCUUAGGAUCCGAGAAAACCCACGUGACUACGCGUGUAAUGGGAACAUUUGGAUAUGUGUCACCUGAAUAUGCAAGCACCGGUAUGCUUAAUGAGCGCAGUGAUGUGUAUAGCUUCGGAGUUCUUCUCAUGGAGAUAAUUACAGGAAGAUCCCCCAUUGAUUAUUCUAGACCUCCUGGAGAGAUGAAUUUGGUUGAUUGGUUCAAGGGAAUGGUAGCAAAUCGUCGUGGUGAAGAGUUAGUCGAUCCUUUAAUCGAGGUUCAGCCCUCUCAAAGAUCCCUGAAGCGAAUGUUACUCAUUUGUCUUCGCUGUAUUGAUUUGGAUGUUGUUAAGCGACCAAAGAUGGGUCAAAUUGUUCAUAUGCUUGAGGCAGAUGAUUUUCCAUUUCGUUCUGAAAUUCGUACACUUAAAGAGAAAGACAAUGUCCCUUCUUCUGCAGAUGUUUCGAGUAAAAGAGUGCCAUAUGAAUCAAAAUAUGCAGAGUCCAUAGGAAAAUCAAGAUGGAAAUAACUGCUUGUAUUUUAUUUUUGGACACGCAAACUAAGGAGAUCAAAUUGUUUGUUCUUAUGAUUUUUUGUAUGCCACGAACAAAUUAAAUUAGUCAGCAUUGUGCAUAUAUGCUAUACAGUGUAGUCACUUGUUCAGGUCAUGCACCUUUUUUGAUGUAUUUGUUUAUCUUGGGAACAUGGAAGAGAUGAGCCUUGUAAAUAUGUAUCUCAAGAUAUAUCAAUUUUCUGUCUGCAUGUCGAUGUGUUUUUGCAAUAUUACUAGUGUGUGUCAUGAAAUGACAUGAAGGAACUUGUUAGGGAUGGUACACUCUAACAUUUGUGGGUUUACUAA